AUGUCGACACUCGCUUCAUCUCGAAAGAGGGCAUCGACCCCCUCUUCCCCAAGCACAAGCUUGAGCAAGAAGCUGAAGCUAACAAGCAUAUCCCCGCCUCAGCCGAUGUCACCCGCGACGCUUACGACACUUUUGAACCAAGAUCCAGCCGAUCUCAUGCCAGAUCUGCGGAUGCAGGUGACAUGUCUCAAACUGUUCCUCCUGGUAAUUGCGCAUAUGCCAGAAGCCACACCGAAACACAAACAAAAGCUCGAAGUUGGGUACAGACAGGCUGUGGUGGCUCUCAACAAAAUGGAUAUUCUGGGUAUUGCGACAAAGAGAAUGAUCGCUGCUGUUAAUGAUAUUGAGAAGCUUACGAGGGACAUUGAUGAGAUUUUGGAGUUUGACGCGCCGUCGUUUCCUAAUGUGCAGCUGAAGAGGUCAUGUGAAGAUUUCAUGGGUGCGUAUGAGGAGAGGUUGGCUAGCUUGGAUCCCAUGAGAGAAAAUGGCUGUGAUGAUAUCCCAGUCUUCAUCCUGUUUCGCUCAUAUCAACCAACUUCAACGUGCAAUCACAUCGUCCGACCUACCAACAAGUCCAUGUCCAAACUGCGACAAGACUACAACCAACGCGCCUCCACCUUCGCAGGAGAUCUCUCUAAGGUCUACAAGCUCCGCGUCAAGGUAGACAGAGCAAACCGAGAGUUCAAGGAAUCAAUCGGCAAGCAGAUCGACCACCUGAUGCUCCUACAGUCUGAGAUCAUCCAGGAAGCAGAUGCUAUUCGAGCAGGAGGCUCUCUCCUCCUAACAGAACAGGAGAUCUCAACCCUCGCCCAUCACGCAGGCAUCCAACUCAUCCCCGAGCAUUGGUUAGCAUGCCUUCUAGAGAACAUUCGAGAGAAUGAGAAGCUGAAAGCGCAGGAACAGAUGGUCAAAAACAGAUACCAAGAGUUAUAUCAUCAGAGAGGUCGGCCGCGCAUGACUCUGAAUAAUGGACACUAUACACGUCGUAUGGAUUGGUAUGCUCGACGUCUAUUUAGGCGAGAAGCCGUAGCUGAAGAUGAGCGACUGCCUGUCAAGACUAUAAAGAGACUCGAGUUUCUGAAGCAGUAUACAGAACCGGAUGCUCCGCAGACCGACUUUGAGGAUGCCCUGAGUGCUUAG